UACCGCCGUAACGUGCAAGCCAUUCAAUUCCUGCUCGACUCACGUCACCUGAGACUAACGCUCAAGAAUUCAAACUCGAAAACAGAAGAGAACAUUAUGUACGCUAAAUAUUGCGCAGCUUUCAUUCUUGUCGUCGUGAUAGUCGGUCUCGUGGAUGCUACCGAAAAUUACAUGGAUUACGGAGAAGAAAUGGCGGAAAAAGCACCCGCAGAGAAUAUUCAUGAGCUGUAUAAGCUCUUGCUACAACGUAAUGCGCUCGACAACGUCGGUUUGGACGGCAUCCCGCUGGAACACCUGAUGAUUCGAAAGUCGCAGCGAUCGCCAUCGCUGCGUCUCCGAUUUGGUCGUUCUGGGCAACACAUCUCCGCGGGAGCUCUGCCGAGACCCCUAGGCGCGGCGGCUGCGGCGGGAUAUGGCGACAACAAUUAAUCGGCGGAGCUGAUCCAGGGGCAUCUUUCCGAUUUGUUUCUUGAUGAAAACGCGCGACCACCCUCUCUUGUACAAUAUAAAUUAUGUAUAAUUCAUCGUCAUUGCGUCUUGCGCGCGCGCUUUCCAGGCUGGCGGUAAGCAUCCCUAAAUGUCUCUUACCCUCUCUAAAAAGGAAAGCGAAGCUUUUUUUGGUGAAAACAAUUUGUGUUAUCGGACGAAUGACUGAUCAACGUGAAAAGAAACCAACUUCAUCAUUGUUUGCACGCUUGAUUUGCGCGCGCGUUAAUCUGGAGCGACGCAUUCUUAAAACGAUAGUUUUACGAUAAUCGAUUCUUUCGCUGUGUAUGAGAUUUUGCGAGAUUCAUGACACUGUUCAACUUAAGAAAAACACGUUCUAUAAGAUCUUUCCUGUACAAUUGCACUCGCCAUUCUACCUCGUCGUCAUUUCCAUUAAUUAGUGACAGCGCUAUAAAAGGACACUUGGCCUAAGUCCUUCAUUCAUGGGAUAACAAUCUAAACGCUUCGAUCGUUACAAUUUUCUCUUCGCAAUCGUCCCUUCAUUUAAUUAUAUGUAUCAACACGAAAUAUAGAAAUUACUUUACGCCCUGUGCGCUAACGUUACACAGCAGAGUAUCCCAGACUU